AUGGAUGGAAACCACAAAUUAAUACAACCCUAUCGUUUCAUAAUCCAUGGAGCUAUAGACGGGUAUUCAAGGUUAAUUGUCUUUUUAAAAGCGUCGAAUAAUAACAGGGCAUCAACCGUCUUUAAUGCUUUUCAGGAGGCUAUCACAAAAUACAAUAUUCCUUCAUGUGUACGCACAGAUUUAAGUUUGGAAAACAUUGAAGUAGCAAGGUUCAUGGUGAAUACAAGGGGAGUCGAUCAUGGAAGCAUUAUCACAGGGACUUCAGUCCACAACCAGCGCAUAGAAAGAUUGUGGCGUGACGUCAACAGCAUUGUUUGUGCACAAUUUCAAAACAUUUUUGCUGAUCUUGAGAGAAUCGGGCUUGACACAACAAAUGAGAACCAUCUGUUUGCUUUACAAGUAGCAUAUAUACCUAUAAUAAAUGCAGCACUAGAGGAACUGACUUCGAGCUGGAAUUGUCAUUCUCUAAGUACAGAACACAAUUUAUCCCCAAGACAGCUUUGGGUUCAGGGAAUGCUUCGUUCGGCAAAUUCUGGACACACAGCGACAGGGAGUGUUCUUAACAAUGACCAGAUUGAUUGGACUGAAUAUGGAAUUGACGAAGAUGGCCCUGUACCUGAUGAGCAAACAAACUACGCUGUUAACGUUCCUCUUCCACUUUUUCAUUUAUCAGAAGAAUUACAGCAGCUUGAAAUCGUUACGCAAAAUGCAAGAGCAGCUGGCGAUCCAGACGGUAUCAUUUCAUUCUUUUCUGUGCUUCACUUACUAGAACAGUUUUUAGAAUAA